AUGACCAGCCCAUUCCCAGCUGGAAAUAGCAUGUCCUCGUUCUGGCGGUCGGAGCCCGAUCCAUUGGACAAUCAUCGUUCCACCGACGCUCUACCCGAAACCUGCGACAUUGCCGUCAUCGGAGCUGGCUACGCCGGCGCAUCUACUGCUUAUCAUUGCUUGGAGCGUGCGACUGCCGGCGGAAAGAGGCAGCCGUCCAUCGUCAUUCUUGAAGCACGGCAGGCUUGCUCGGGGGCUACCGGACGCAAUGGUGGCCAUCUCAAGCCCGAUGUCUACAGCCGAGUCGGCAACCUGGCCAAUGAGUACGGAGUCGAGGCGGCGGCCGAAGUAGCCGCAUUCGAGAUGGAACAUGUCUCUGCAGUGCAAGCUUUGGUAGAGAAGGAGAAGAUCGAUUGCGAUAUGGAGGUUAACCGUGUCUGCGAUGUGCACUUUGACCCAGCCCAGCUUGCAAAGGUCAAAGCGAGCUAUGAUUCUCUCGUCGCGAAGGGGGUGAAGACUGUCGAAGAUGUGAAAUUCACCGGGCUGGAGGCUGCUGAAGCUGUAUCGGGCGUUAAAGGAGCUCAGGGGUGCUUCAGCCAACGCACCGGGCGCCUCUGGCCGUACAAGCUUAUCAUGCACCUUCUGAAGCUCGCCAUUGCCGCCGGGGUGAAUCUGCAGACAAACACCCCGGUGCGGCAGAUCUCCGAUGACCCGGAUGCUGAGGGACGAUGGAUCCUCACCACUGACCGUGGCUCGAUUCGCACCAAGACAGUCAUCUUCGCCACCAAUGCAUACACCGCUGCUCUCGCACCGCAGUACAGGGACAAGAUCGUCCCCGUGCGGGGAUUCUGCAGUCGGAUCGUGGUUCCGAACCCGCCUGCUGUGGCCAUGGACCGCUCGUAUACUCUGCGCUUCAACGCCUGGGACUACGACUACUUGAUCCCUCGUCCCGACGGUAGUAUCAUCGUGGGCGGUGCGAAGUCCACCUUCUACAAACAGGACAUCCCCAGUUGGUACCACAACACUGACGAUGGCCGGGUGGUGGACGGUGCGACGCGGUACUUUGACAACUAUAUGCAGCGCAGUUUCCACGGCUGGGAGAGUACGGGGGCAUAUACGGACCGUGUGUGGUCAGGAGUGAUGGGUUAUAGCAGUGAUGCUCUACCGCAUGUUGGACAUGUGCCAGGUAAACCCGGUCAGCUCGUAAUCGCUGGUUAUAGUGGUCAUGGCAUGCCGCAGAUUUUCUUGUCUGCGCGGGGCAUCGCACGGAUGGUUGUGGAUGGGGCAGCUUAUGAGGAAAGUGGAGUUCCACGGCUGUUCAAGACAACCCCAGAACGGUUGGCGAGUGGUCGGAAUGAUAUCCUGGCGUAUGUCAAGAGCCCGGAUCGCUUCGCCGACAAAUAUGUCGAAUAUGACUUUGUCGUACUCUUCAUUGAUCUUGUCCUGAUCAAACCACAGGUAUAUCGCCAUCUGCUCUUCAAUCGAUUGGGAGGCUAUGACAACCAAUUCGAUCGCUCCAUCAUCCGUCUCGGGAUCCUCCUACUCCUGUUCGAUGUCUACCUCACCUGGGCUCGCAUUGAGAAAUCGCCCUCCAUUGUCGAUACCUUCCUUUGGCGCGCCCCCGUCAUCGUCCAAUACCUCUUCUUCCUCAGUCUGAACGCGCUUGCGACGCUUGCUCAUCAUCUCACCAUCCGUCUCCUUGCCUCGAUCCUCGCCCCAACGCCCCGGGGUCACGUCGCGAAGAGCAAUACAACAAACAACACCGAGACAGAGGCCUCUCAUCCUUCCACCCCGGUGCUACCGUCCUUCCCAGCCUCCCAUCUCUCACCGACUGCCACACUCACCCCUGCAACGAUCCUCAGCCCACCUAAGCUCAUCCCGCAGGGCUCAUCUUCGUCUCUCCAAGAUGCGGCAACAACAGCAUCCACUGGCGCCAUCACGACAGGCAGCGAAUCCCAAACCCAAACCCCAACCGCCCACUCCCCCCCUCCGCCGCCGCUCCGCCGCUCCUCCACCGCCCCCGCCCAAAACAUGGCCAUGAACAUCCCCAUGGGAAUGAAUAUCAAGCCGUUGCCCCCACCCUCCCCUGCAAGCCCCACCGCCAUCAGCACCGCGCUUCUCGUCAGCAGCUGCGCGAAGCUAUUUCCCAUCCUCCUCGUCAUCUGGGGCCCGGACGGCAGCGGCAACGCUUUCACCACCACCACUACCACCGCUUCGCACUCUGCCAUCGAUCAAAUCGGCAGUAGUGCCAGUACUGGCUCACCCACAGCCCUCGACAGCAUCCUCACGCCUGUCGCAGCAAUCACCGCCGCCAUAACAACAGCCACACAAACCUCCUCCACAUCAUCGUCAUCAUCAUCGUCACUUUCCUCCUCCCUCCUGGACAGUGUCAUGCGCGCACUGCCAGAGUCUGUUCCCACCGGCUAUCUCGCCGAGUUCGUCGAGUUAAUGGGCUCGCUGCUGUCCCUGGGCGCGGCGGAUUCGCAUCUUGUGCUACUGAGUAACAUCGAGGCACUGUAUAUCCUGCUGGGAUGCGGGUAUCUGCGGGCCGUGGCGUUGGCGGUGACGGGGUUGGUGGCGCGGUGGUCAGUCCAGAGGGUGAUCUUGGGGUUGGUCGGAGUUAGUUAAACUAAGCUUAAC